AUGGCGUCUGCCGCAGUGGGAACGAAGAGGCCCUUCGCCGCCAUGAGCGAAGACAGUCGUUCCUCGCCCAGUGCGCUGUCAACUUUCCAUGAAGCGAGCAUGUCUGGUGGCCUCUACUCGCGCCAGCGGCAGAAAACAAAUGGAGAGGAGUCGUUCACUUCCAUGCCCUCGAGCGCUCGCUCUACCCCCCGACACACACCAAUACCAACAUCGCCGUUCAAUGAGAUUCGCCGAGUAUUUGAGCCGGAUGCUUCUAUCGUGCUCAUUGGCCUGCGAGGUACGGGCAAGUCGACACUGGCUGUCAUAGCAUCCAUGGCCUGUCGGCGACGUGUAGUCGACAUCGAUGACCUUUUCCAGGAAGCAACAGGCUUCUCUACUGCCAAGUAUCGCAAGCAGUUUGGCGCAAGCAACCACAAUCUACGACAAGAAGAGCUCCUGCGGACCGCCCUUCGAGCGCACGACAAGGGAGCGAUCAUCGUUUGCAACGGGGGUUCCUUGGAACGGAACGGACAGCUGCUUAUGCAGGACUUUGCAGGCACGCAUCCUGUCAUUCACAUCGUACGAGAUCUUCACAGCAUACACGAAUACCUGGGGGGCGUCGAGCUCCGCAGGCUGAGGGACAUGUUGGCCUUUAGUGCGCCUAUCCUUCGUCGUUGCUCCAACUAUGAGUUCUGUAACAUCUCAGAGCAUGCGCCCACUCGAUCGAAUACGCCGUCCGACCCACCGGCGGCACCGGCUUUUCUCACGCUCAAGCGGGCUCAGCGUACCUUUCUGAAAUUCCUCUCCCUUAUCUUGUCACGCGACACAGCAGAUGGACCUGUGGGCAACGCGAAUCCUCCGUUGGAACCGGGAUAUCCACUGUCAGAUGUGGCAACAGAACUGAGAAAAUACACAUGCGCUGUGCAGGUGCCGUUGUCGGACCUGUUGGCUGAAGAUGUGGACAUACAGAGUCUUGAGUAUGGUUCUGAUGCUUUCGAAAUAGUUGUCGAGCCCACAGAGCUUGAUCCUCACAACCAACGGCUACGGACGGAACGAGCAGACGACAUUAGCAACUGUGUCUCGAAGAUACGCCGCAGCACGGUCGUACCCAUACUCUACCACGUAUUGCCGUCGGCGUCGAAAGACUACAGUCGAGGGUCCUAUCUCGAACAUGUACGCCAUGGUUUGCGUAUGGCGCCUGAGUUUGUAUCCAUCGAUCUGUCGAUUGGCGCAGAAACAGUAGCUGAGCUGGUUGCAUCUCGAGGCAAAUCGAAGAUUAUCGGGCACGUCCACGCCGACAAGAAUUGGGAUCAUUGUUCUUGGGUAAGCUACUACGAGACUGCGGUGCGACUUGGCUGUGAUGUUGUGCGAUUCACACGUCCAGCCAAGUCCGUGGACGAUGAUGCUUCCGUGCACUACCUGAGGUCCAAAAUCCACGCAAGGAACAGUACCGUUCCGCUGAUAUGCCACAGCACAGGACGCGCGGGGCGUCGUUCAACAUGCUUCAACAAGCAUCUCACAUCCGUGAUACCAGAGUCGGUACGAGAGAAGCCUGAUUUUGGAGCAAGAUGCGAACGCAACCCUGAGACUUCGUGGCUUACUGCACGAGAAGUGACACAAGCUCUCUACUCGACUUUUACCUUUGAUCCCAUGAAGAUCCAUCUCAUUGGUGCAAGAACUCAAUACAGCUUGUCACCAGCCAUGCAUAAUGCUGGGUAUGCGGCUUGUGGUAUGCCUCAUCGCUUCCUGUGCGUUCAGACUUCGACGCUGAAGAGCCUGCAAGAUUUCGUGCACGAUCCCAACUUUGGUGGAUGCAUCGUCAUACAACCAUUCAAGAUUGAGGUGAUUUCGCUCGCAGACUCUCUCAGCCAACACGCUCGGGCGAUUGGAGCCGUCAAUACGCUGAUACCUGUUCGCCACCUCAAUGGCGACGGCAGUGUCCCCGGCGAUCUGGAGCUCUUCCAAGAGCGCUGUCAGUCAGGAUCUGUGCAGGCGCUUCACGGAGACAACACGGAAUGGAUCGGCAUACGGUCCUGUAUACGAAGAGGAUUGUCACCUGCCAACGCAGUACGGCCUACAACGUGCGGUCUAGUCGUUGGUGCAGGUGGCAUGGCCAGGAGCUCGGUGUACGCGCUGUUACAGUUGGGCGUGAAGAACAUUGUUGUUUUCAACCGAACGUUGGAGAAGGCGGAGGACCUGGUCGUUCACUUCACUCGACUCGUCUCGUCUUCAGCGGGAGCCAACUUGGUGCCCUCGGCCACCACCCAGGGCUCACGACCUAGUUUCCACACAUUGAAGUCUCGAGAAGACGCUUGGCCCGAGGGAUUCCGGCAGCCUACUGUUAUUAUUUCCUGUAUCCCCGUCGACCCCAUAGACAACAAUCCUGCACCGCACUUUACGCUGCCAGAACAGUGGCUGAAGAGUCCGACAGGAGGUGUAGUGAUGGAGCUUGCCUACAAAACGCUUGACACUCCGCUGAUGAACCAGAUACGGGAAGAGCCUUCGAGGCUGUGGACGUUCAUGGAUGGGCUAGACUGGCUGCCGGAGCAGGCCUUUGCUCAGUUCGAGUUGUUCACGGGGAAACGAGCGCCACGUAGGAUUAUGCGCGAGGUCGUGUUGCAGGCGUGGAGGGACGAGCAUGGCAAUGCUGACCCGGAUAUGGUGGAGCGGCGGAUGAAGGCCAUUGAUGACCAAGAGCCGUGA